AUGGGCACGGGGGACUGCAUCUGCAUCUCCAUGACCGGAGGGGCACCCUGGGGCUUCCGGCUGCAGGGGGGCAAGGAGCAGCAGCAGCCCCUGCAAGUGGCCAAGAUCCGCAGCCAGAGCAAAGCGUCAGGCUCCGGGCUCUGUGAGGGGGAUGAGGUGGUCUCCAUCAAUGGCAGCCCAUGCGCGGACCUCACCUACCCGCAGGUCAUCCGGCUCAUGGAGAGCGUGGCCGACUCGCUGCACAUGCUCGUCAGACGACCUUCCGGUGGAGUCAGUGACACCGAAAACCAAACCCCUGCGCCUCUCACCGCCGAGGGGUGCGAGGAGAGCACCACCCUGCACAUCCGCCCGGCCCCACGCAGCCAGGCCCCCGAGCCCCGCCUCGCCCCCCGCCUCGCCGGGAACCUGGAAGGUGGUCCCGCUUUUUCUGGGAGCAAAAAAGAGGAAAUGGGCCCGUGUCACCCCGAGGCCCCCCCCACGCCUGGCCCCCCGAGAGGGCGCUCUGCAGAGGAGGUGGUCUUGCUGGAGAGAAAGGCAGAGGCCGGCUGGCCAGGCCCUGUGGUGGAGCUACAACUGUCCCUGCCUCCGGACACACACACCGGCCCCGGGGCCCCUGCCGGGCCCCCCCUGGGGGCUGCAGAGCCUGCGAGCCCUGACCCAGACCCUGACCUACACUGGGGCGGGACCGUCCCCGUGAACGCAGCCCCCACCGGAGAGAAGGGGCAGGCCCCUCUGAGGUCCAGCAGGACCUUCCGGAUCGGCAGGGGCCCGGAGCGGGGCGCGGGGCUGCCCCGCGUGGCGGUGAUCCUGGCCUGCGCCGGCGGGCAGCUGGCGGGCGGGUGCGGGCCGCCGGGGGCGGGGCGGGCGGAGUCCCCGCUGGAAGGAGGGCCGUCCCUGGCCGAGGCGCCUCCUCCGGGCGCCUUCGCCGCCUCCUCAGAAGGCACGGAGCAGGGGGACGACCCGCGCGGGGAGCCGGACCACAGCAGACCGCACAAGCACAGAGCGCGCCACGCACGGCUGCGGCGCAGCGAGAGCCAGUCGGAGCAGCGGGAGCGGGAGGCCCGGAGGCGAUGCCGCCGCAUCGUGCAGCUGCUGACGGCCGCGCCGGGGCCGGCGUCGCGCGGGGCGCUCAUGUUUAGGAAGCGGCGGCGGCGCGCGCGCAGGUUCACGCUGGUGAGCUACGGCACCGGGGCGCCGCGGCGGCCGGGACAGCCCGGGGGACCCGAGGAGGACCCCGAGGACGAGGCCGGGGACGGCUCCUGGGACGGCGUCUGGGAGGCCGCGCCGUCCGGCGCCAGCGAGUCCGACGCCGACGAGGAGCCGCCGUCCGACGCCGACGCCGAGGACAGCGCGCCGGCCGCCGCCUUCGACUGGGACGCGGGGCUCGGGGCCCUCGAGCGGCAGCGGAGCGCCGGGGACCGCAUGGAGCUGCUCCCCGACACGGCGGGCAAGGGCGCGCGCAUGUUCGCGCGGCGGCGGGAGCGCAUGGACCUGAUCGCGGCGCAGCAGGAGGAGGACGCGGCGCGCGCGGGGGCGCAGGACGGGGCGCCGGACGGCCCGGGCGCGGAGGCGGCGGCGGGGGGCGCCCCGAGCUCCGCGCACAGGAGCCUCAUGGAGCUGAGCCCGGGCCCCGGCCUCGCGCCCCAGCACAACGGCUUCGGCUUCGGCGCCGAGGCCCCGCGGACGGCGCCCGGGAACCGGACGGCGCGGCCCUUCCCGGGGCCCGCGGCCGCGCUCUCCCCGCCCCGCAGCCUGGCGAGCCCCACGGCCGAGCUGCCCGCGCCGCCGCCCUACGCGGCCCUCACGCCACCGCCCGCGGGCCCCGCGCCGCCGCCCUGGCCGCAGCCCGCGCCCUGGCUGCCCGAGCGCCUGGCCUCCCGCGACGAGCGCAUCGCCGUGCCCGCCAAGCGCACCGGCAUCCUGCAGGAGGCCCGGCGGCGCGGCGCCGCGCGGCCCAUGUUCACCUUCCGGGAGCCCGCGGUGAGCCCCAACCCCGAGCUGCUGGCGCUGCUGCAGGGCGCCGAGGCCCGGCGCGGCGGCGCGGACUCGGGGCCGGAGGAGGACCACCUGAGCCUGGGCGCCGAGGCCUGCAACUUCCUGCACGGCGCCGCCAAGCUCAAGACGCCGCCGCCCGUGGCCCCGAAGCCCACCGCCCGGGCCGCCGCGUCCCCGGCGUCCCCGGUGUCCCCGGCGGCCCCGGCCUGGGCUCCGGGCGCCGCGCCCGCCCGCCCGCCCGUCUUCCCCGGGGCGCCGCCCCCGCCGGGCUCCGCCGCGUCCUCCAUCGCCACGGCCCCGCCGCUGUCCCCGCCGGCCCGGCCCGCCAGCGCGCUCAGCCCGGCCGGGCCCCCCGCCCGGCCCGCGGAGCUCCCCGCGCCCGCAGGGGGCGCCCCGGAGCCGCCGGCCGAGCUGCCCGCGGGGAUGCGGGGCCGCGGCGCGCAGCUGUUCGCGCGGCGGCAGACGCGGAUGGAGCGCUUCGUGGUGGACGCGGACACCGUGCAGGCCCGCGCCGCGCGCGCCCCGUCGCCCUCGCCGUCGCUGCCCUCCGGCUGGAAGUUCUCGGCCCAGGUGCGCGCGCCGCCGCCCGCCGCCUACAACCCGCUGCUGGCGCCGUCCUGCCCGCCCGCCGCGCUCCGCGCCCCGCCGCCCGCGCAGGCCGCCGGCGCCGCCCGCAGGAAGGGCAAGAAGCCGCUCAACGCGCUGGAGGUGAUGAAGCACCAGCCCUACCAGCUCAGCGCGGCCCUGUUCACCUUCCAGCCGCCGGGCGCCGCGGCCGCCCCCGGGCCCGCCCCCCGGCAGGCGCCCCCGGCCCAGCCGGUCCACGCCAGCCCGGCCGGCUCCCCCGCCAGCGCCCCGGCCCGGGCGGUCCCCGCCGGCUCCCCCGCCGACACCCGGGCCGUCCCCGCCGGCUCCCCCGCCGGCGCCUGGGUCCCCGCCGGCGCCCCGGCCGCCGCCGUGCGCUCGCCGGCCCGCAGCCCGCCGCCCGCCCUGCUCCCCGAGGCGGCCUCCCCGGCCAGCGGCCCGGGCUCCCCGAGGCGGGAGGCGGCCUCCGUGGCGGCGCCCAGGCCCAAGUUCUCGGCCAAGAGGAGCGGCGUGGCGGCGCAGGAGGGUGGACGCUCACUGUCUCUCCCGGGAAGGCCCGUCCCACCCCCCGCGUCUCCGACACCAGCCUGGGCCGGCCCGCCUGCUCACCGCCACCCCGCCUCGCCCGACUGGAGACUCGCCCCCUGGGAAGCAGCCGCCGAGCCGCCUCUGGGCCUCCUGGAGGACGCCUUCCCACCCAGCGACAUCCGGGCCUCCGUCGUGGCCAGCGUGGUCUGGGCCGCUCGCAGGAAGGUGCUCCCGGCGCCCGUGGGGGGCUGGGGCGACGGGCUGCCCCGCGCCCAGCAGGCCCCCACCGCCAGCCUGGGCCCGUGCGGGAGGCCAGGGUAUCACGGGGCGCCCCUCCCCAACAGCAGCCUCCCCACCCUCUCCCAGUGGCUGCACGCCUCCUACAGGCAGCCUUCCCGGGAUGAUCCUCAGAUGAUGUUCCUGGAGACCAGGUCCGAGUACUGCCUCUCGGCAGCAGAGGGCAACUACAACCCCCGCCCCAGGGGCUGGAGACGCCCCACCUGA